CUGACCCCGCUCUCUGGUUCGCAGCUCCGGGAUGGGAUUGUGCCUCAACAACGCUCCUCCCAAGCAGGAUUUCGUCUACCCCACGGUGGCGCCGGGCCAGGCGUACGAUGCCGACGAGCAGUGCCGCUUCCAGUACGGAGUCAAAUCCCGCCAGUGUAAAUACGGGGAAGUGUGCAGCGAGCUGUGGUGCCUGAGCAAAAGCAACCGCUGCAUCACCAACAGCAUCCCCGCGGCCGAGGGCACCAUCUGCCAGACCAACACCAUCGACAAGGGGUGGUGCUACAAGAGGGAGUGUGUGCCCUUUGGGACGCGGCCGGAGGGYGUGGACGGAGCCUGGGGGUCCUGGUCCUCCUGGGGCGAGUGCAGCCGGACGUGUGGCGGUGGCGUGUCCUCAUCCGUGCGCCACUGCGACAGCCCCAGGCCCACGAUCGGAGGGAAGUACUGCCUGGGGGAGAGGAAACGCUACCGCUCCUGCAACACCGACGUGA